CUUUGGUUUUGCACAUCUCGCCAGCUCCAAAGAUUUGAGCAUGGCGCCUGCACGGAGAAAGAUGAGAAACACUGCCUCCUGUGCCGUCCUCGCUGUGAUACUUGGUGUGACAUGCAGACAGACAACGUUUACAACAACCUCACAGAGGUCGAAACUGCUGGUGGUCCUGGACUUGGAUGAGACUCUUUUGCAUGCAUCUUUGUGCAAAGAUGAAUCGAUGAGUUGGUUACCUCCACGGUUUUGGCAGCCCAAGAUUGACUUCGAAGCGACUGGCAAGGGCCUUGUGGUAGAUCUUGGCGAGGAGGUGCCGCUCUUCGUCUCAUUGCGCCCGGGCGCGUUAAACUUCGUCUCCUGGCUGAAGAGCAGAGAGGACAUCGACCUUGCAGUGUAUACCGCAGGAACGGAGCCUUACGCGAAGCAAACCUUGAAGAAGUUGGGCUUGGAAGGAUGUCCAGCACUCUUCCGUGAGGAGUGCGUGCCUUUCGGCCUUCCCAUCACCAAGGAUUUGAGGAAGCUGCGCGAAGACCUCACACGCGUGGUGCUGGUGGAUAACUCUGCGAAAUCCUUCUGGUUGCAACCAGAGAAUGGGCUGCUGGUGUGCGACUGGGACGGUACCAAUGCCUCCGAUCAGGAGCUCGAUCGAGUGAAAGACAACUUGCUUCAGCUCCUUGACAUGGAUGAUGUCCGUCCCGCCCUCCGGAGAAAACCUCCGGACGCACCUGGUGAUGCCGUCGACCUGCGGCUGGUCAUCAUUGCAGUUGCUUUGGGAUGUUGGCUAGUGAGCCAAUCUCAGUAAAUCUGACACAACUGGAGCAGAGGAGAAGCGUGUGCCGAUGAGAAGGUGUUCUGUGGUGCUCUGAAGUUCCUGGGGCGAAGGCCACCAAGUGCAUUGAGCGUUUUGGCCGAAGAGAAUGGCCACAUGUCUGCGAUGGGAGAAGCGGCUUUUGCAGCAUUUGCACAAUGGGAGCGGCAUGGUUGGGCAAAAACACGAGUCUAAAAGUGUGGGCGGCAUGGUUGGGCGGCAUGGCGGCAUGGAUGUCGUGUGAUGA